CUCGACUUUCUGAAUUGUCGAUUUUCCGCCGCUUUCCGCCCUCUGCGCAAUUGGGUUAACUUAAAGGCGGACUGUAACUUAUUAGGCACUAGUUUUCUUUUGCGGAACCACCUUCUACCCUUGUCUGCCUGCUCUUCAACCAUAAUCACUUCAUAACUAUUGUUCGUCAUGGUGAGGAACUACUUGUGGAGGCAAAGAGUCAAGUUCGAGUCGACCUUAGCAUUGUCUAUGCUUGAGCCUUGGGAGAAAUUUCUCUGCUUGAUCAUAUUUUCGCUUUUGACGAUGUUGGUGAUGAUUGGACUGUUCCAAUACUUGCCGCAGCAUGUCAUGGUCAUGCAACGACGGGCCAUAUAUUACCUCUGGGGUCAGGAAGGAGACGUGUUUCGUUCAUGGGUAGAGACUCCGGGGCUGAAGGAGCUAUAGUGCGUGCCUAAUUUUCUAUUCAUAGAGGUGCGAGGUCCUGUGUUUCAUUCGCUGUCAUGCUUACUUACCGACACAUUUGCAUUCUUAGAUCUUGUCUUAUGCUAUCUCUCUGGAUUCAUACCUUCCAUAUGCCUCACUCACCUACGUAUACCUCCUUUGUAUGCUCAUACGGACUACAACAAAUUCUUAUUGCUGGACCAAUU